AUGACAAUCGAUCUGCGCCCAUCCCGUGCCGGCUACGGUCAACGAGACAAGAUCGAAGUUUGCCAAUCCCCCGUUGACCAUGAGAGACGAAACGAGUUCGAAGUUCGCCAAUUCCUCGUUGACCAUGAGAGACAGAACGAUGCGAGUAUAGAGUCCUCCCGAUACCUUGCUGCCAACGAACUGAGACUUCCCGCUGCACCGCAUGAACCUCAAACCCUUCUCAUAAAUGAUGAUUUCGAAAUCGAAGUUCGCCAAUCCCACGUUGACCACGAGGGACGGAACGAGGUGACUAUAAAACCCUCCCGAUACCUUCCUGACAAUGAAUCAAGGUCUGUCCGCUGCACCGCAUGA